UAGUGCAUGCAUUUUACUUUAAUCUGUUUUGUCUGUGUUUGGAGUUCCUGCAAUUCACUCUCUCAUUUUCUCCAACUUCACCGCUUCAAUUCCCUUGCUCCUUCACCGCGAUGAGUUCUGUUAUCUCUUCUCGCCUAUCGUUGCUUCUCAAUUUGGAGGACAAUGGUAUUUACGUGUAUGAGAGACGAACCGGAGUGCCCUUCCCUUCUGCUCUAGGCCCUUCUCUUAAACUCUGUGGAGUUGGUUUGCGCCAAAAAAGCCUUAUUCCAUUCAUAAGCUUUGAUGUUUAUGCAUUUGGUGUUUAUGCUGCUGAUUUGGAUAUAAAGAAAUAUCUUUCUGAGAAAUAUAGAAAGUUUUCUGCUUCCAAGUUGCAGGGCAAGAAGGAGUUUACUGAUGAUCUUAUGGAAAGUGAUAUAUUCAUGGCAGUUAGACUUCAAAUUGUCCGCAGGGAUUUGAGCAUUCGUUUCUUGCGUAGUGUAUUUGAAGAGUCCGUGGGAAGCACACUACACAAGUCUGGGGAAUCGGACUAUAAAGAAUUGCUUCAAAGGUUCACUUCACAGUUUAAAGAUGAAUACAAAAUACCUCAUGGAUCUGUAAUUCAUCUUUUAAGAGAGAAGGGUCAUGUUCUACGUAUGUUGAUUAAUGGACAAGAAGUGGGAAGCAUACAGAGUAAACUCUUAUGUAAGUCAAUUCUAGCUUUAUAUGUUGGGGAGGAAGUAUUUGAUGAACCAGCCAAAGAGGAAAUUGAGAACAAUGUGGCUACUUACCUCUAGAUGUUAAACAUUAAACUAAAAAUCUUGUCUAAGACAACGAUUCUAUAUCAUUGUCUCGUUAUUUUUAAUCUAGACUUGUUGAUGCAUACUUUGAACUUCAACAUUGCAAUAUGUAAUUCUGUUAUAUUUAUAAUAAUUGUAUCGAUUAUAAGUUCUGUCUAUUAAAUUUUCUAUUCCGGUUA